AUGUGGGAGCCUGGCGACGUUCAGCUAUAUCAACACGAUCAUGACAGAGUAUCCGCCAAUAAGCCAGGCUCAGAGGAUAUUCUAACCCGUCGCGACAAGUUCCAGUACAAUUCGCAGGAGAAGCAUGGAUUUUUCAAGACGCACAUCGAGGCCUGGAACCCAGAGAUGUUCGGAGGACCCACAAAGGCCAAAUUAAAGACACAGUCUCAUCUGGGAGAGCUUUUUCGAAAGCUGUUUUUCCAUGGCAUGGAAGCCAACCACGACCGACAUGCCUGUGUCGAAUUCCCUGAUGACAAGUCCUUGCUGCGCUUGGUCUAUCUGGAUUCUUUGCUUUGCCAAAAUGAGCUUGACAUACCCACGACUCAGCUUGUGGACACACCAGAGCACAAAAGGGCCAAGGAGGAUGUGAAGACAGCACUCAAGAAGAGUAUCCUGGCCAUAGACAACGCUACUCGGGCGAGAAACGCAAGAAGAAGGAAAAAGGAGGACGAGGACAAGGACAACAGUAAGGAGGCAUCUCAGAGCGGCGCCUCCUGCUCCACAAAGCAGCCGAAGGUGAAGAAGAAUGAUCAGCAGGACAUCACAGGCGCUAGCAUGGCCUCAGCCAUGCCCAUGAGGUCUAUGGUGAAGUACCUGACCGAAGCGAUCCCGGGUCCAGAGGCACUGCAAAAGGAAUUUGACAAUCAGGAGAGCCAUGUUGUGCUCGCCAUCGACCCCAGCAUAAAGAAUACUGCCGCGGCUGUGAUCGUGGAUUCGCUUAUCCCUGAAAUGUCCUGGAACCUGUCGCUACCCAAAGGAUGCCACACCUGGAACAGCCGACGAUACACAAGGCUGUUAAGGUGCCUCAGAAACAAAAAAUGA